CCCAGCUGAACUGCCCUUAGUGUUCCUAUUCACAUCACCGAGAAUGCGUUUCGCUAGCACCAUCCUUGCCGUCUUCGCUCUCGCGGCCACUACAGUCGUCGCCACUGCUCCCGUUGAGGCGAGAAUUAUCAUCCCUACCACCACGUGCCCCCCGUGGACCGGCCCUACCGUCCGCGCCGUCCCGGAGGCACGUGACUGCAUCCGUGGCCGCUGCGCCAAGCGUGAACCCGUCGAGCCUCGUAUUCUGUGCCUGCAGUAGGUGAUGGGUAGAGACUACAAGGGGUUGUCGAACCGUGUGAAUUUGAUGAUGAGGCUUGUGAAAUUAUGAUCAUGACACAUGUUUUGGGCGCCUGAUGAGCCUGGUCAUUUCGUAUGCUCGAUGAAAAGCAGUGACGAGAGAUCUCCUCUCUGACUGAUGUAAUCUCUGAAUGAGUACAUAUCCUGAGCGGCAAUCAGCUGUGAUAUUGGCUACGGGACUGGCAGCCCGAUUCUCAUUCAAUGAAUGAGACGCUGUCAAUGAUGCUUCUGGCUUUGCCACUCAGAAGGAAAUUCAGAGUCGUAAAGCUUCCAGGUCUAUCGAUGAAUGUAGACAUCCCUCAGGUCAUUGUGGACGGAACUUACUUUUACUUAAAUGGAAUGCCUGUAGUAUUUUCAUCAUAUCCCUCCUAUUGGCUCCCCAAUACUAUCCUGCCGCCCGAUAAUUGGGACAUUCAAACGAGAUUGCGUUCGAGGAAAG